AUGGCUGCUUCCGCCAAUGGGACGCGCUUCGCCGCAACCGUCGUCACCAUGACGGUGCUGGCCUUUGUCAUCCUUUCUGCCCGUCUCGCCAUCCGAACUUGCGUCGUGAAAAGCUUUGGGGCUGAUGACUGGUUUGUCAUUUCUGCGAUGGCUUUCACCAUCGUCAUGGCGGCUAUGAUGCUUUUGCAGGUGCACCAUGGUCUCGGCAUGCAUACGUGGGAAGUGUCCCAACUGAACCAGAUGGAACUUUCCAAGUACUUCUACGUCAGUGUCAUAUUUUACAACGGCGCCGUCGGUCUGGUCAAGAUCUCCAUCCUAUUGCAGUAUCUUCGCAUCUUUGCCAUCAAGAAGAUGCAGCUGGCUUGCCGCAUCGUACUGGUACUCAACAGCUUGUUCACCCUGGAGACGGUCAUCAUCAGUGUCUUCGACUGCACGCCUAUUCCCUUCUUCUGGGAUAAGUCGAUCAAGGGUGGUCACUGUGUCAACUUCGGUGCCAUGUGGUUUUCGCACGCAUCCACCAACAUCGUUUUUGACAUUGUCCUCGUAAUUCUGCCGAUGCCUGUCAUCAAGAGUCUCAACCUCCCCAAGAAGCAGAAGAUUGCGCUCAUGGGUAUCUUCGCACUUGGAACAUUUGCCACUGUUACUUCGAGCCUGCGACUCUCGUCGAUCUACAAGAUUUCAUACUCCAACGAUGUUACAUACGACAAUGUCGGCGCUGCUCUGUGGUCUACCGUAGAGAUCAAUACCGCCAUCAUUUGCGCCUCGCUACCCACCUUCAAAGCCUUCUUCAACCGCAUCUUCCCGCACCUUUUGGGAUCGACGCGAACGCAGAGCUCGGCAAACCACCGCAGCCGUACGUGGAACUCUCGCCUCGCACUGGGGACUACCAAGAACCACCACACCCUUUGUAGCAUGAACGAUCAAGAGCGCGGAGAGUGUGACACGGUGCACCUUGAGCUGGCUCGCCGGGACGGCCAACUGAACGCGGUGAGGACGAAUUGCGAGAAGGCCAUCGUCAUGUCUGAGGGAUCCAGCCACUCGAGCAGAGACAGCGACGACGGCAUCAAAGUGGUCACAGUGGUCACGCAAAAACGGACGCGGUCGGGAAGCGAUGAGCCGAUUACACCUACGUUGCCGCCGAUCGAAGUUCCAAGAACACCAAGUCUCACGCAGAGCGAGAGGGGCUUUUUCAUGGAAGGUGGCCGACAUGAACGGAUAUGA